UGGGGUAUACUCAAAAUUAGACCAUCCAACGAUUUUUGAUUCAUUCUAAAAUGUUGUUUUUGAAUAAUUUGUGUAACCGUGAUUUCAAUUAACAGUAAAUAAGUUGGAAUGGAUGUUGUGGCAAUUCGCAGAAAUAAACGAAAGUUUGAAAUUUCUUCACCUCGAAUAUGCUGAAUCUGAACGUUGGCUUGCUGGGUCAUGUUGAUUCUGGCAAAACAACACUUGCCAAGGCGCUGAGCGCCAUUGCCAGUACCGCCUCAUUUGAUAAGAAUCCACAAUCACAGCAGCGAGGAAUUACACUGGACUUGGGAUUCAGUGCGUUACAGACGGAUCUUCCGAAUGAAUUUCAAGAUAGAGAUAAUUGGAACCAGCUCCAGUACACUUUUGUUGACUGUCCGGGCCACGCUAGCUUGAUUCGGACGAUAAUUGGCGCAGCACAAAUAAUUGAUUUAAUAAUUUUGGUGGUGGACAUCGGAAAAGGAAUUCAGACUCAGACCGCAGAAUGUCUAGUGAUUGGUGAGUUAACUACUCAAAAAAUGAUUGUUGCAUUAAACAAGAUCGACACGAUAGAGGAGAGCAAACGUGCUAAAUCGGUCGAAAAAAUGAAGAAAGGACUUGGAGUAGUUCUUAUGAAAACUGUUUUUGAAGGAUCUCCAAUAGUCGAAAUUUCAGCUUUUAGUCGAAUAAAUUUGGACAAAUUUCUACUUGCUUUGAAGUCGAUAUCUUUUGCACCAGUGCGGAGCUAUGAUAUGCCAUUCCUAUUUGCAGUUGAUCAUUGUUUUGCCAUCAAAGGACAAGGGACAAUUUGCACUGGCACCGUGCUACAGGGGCAAAUUAAACUGAACGAGGAAGUUGAAAUUCCUAAAUUAAAACUAGUCAAAAAGGUGAAAUCUAUUCAGAUGUUUAGGCAAAGUCAACAAGCUGCUCAAGAAGGCGAUAGAGUGGGUAUCUGCAUAGCACAGUUUGAUCCUAAGCUGCUGGAAAGAGGGCUAAUUUGUAAACCAGGAUUUGUGUUGACCACGUAUGCGACGAUUGUUGGAUUGAAUCGUAUCAAAUACUAUAAAGGUUCAAUCAGAAGUAAAGCCAAAUUCCAUGUGCAUGUCGGAUACGAAACGGUUCUGGCCUGUGUAACACUAUUCAAAAGUGAACAGAUUAAAAAUUUAAGUUUUGAUUCAACUACUCCAUAUGAAUUUAUUGAAGAAGUUAAUGCAGAACCUUCAAAACCGGAUACUCACGUAUUUGCCUUACUGGAGUUUGAACAUGCAAUUCAAGCAACGCCGAGAGCUCUUGUGAUAGCAUCCAAAUUAGAUACAGACAUUCAUAAGAAUCAAUGCCGACUGGCUUUUUUUGGACGCAUGGAAUAUCACGUGUCGGACAGGAACUAUAAGAGCAGUUUUCUUCCUCAGUUGAAAAUAUACAAGUUAAAACACAAAGUUGGGUCCGUUCAACGGGUGGUCAAUGCAAAUGAACUAAUUGCUUCGGGAAUGUUCAAGAAAGAAGGCAAUAAUCGGCAGGCAUUUGUCGGAUUCCAAAUACAGCUUAGUACAGGAGAGUUGGGUGUGAUUGAGGAUACCUUUGGGGCAAGUUCGAAAGUGAGGCUACGGUUCAUGAAACCGCUUGACGAUGCGACUCUUGCACGAUUACGACAAAAAACUAACUCUCAAGAUCCAGUGAAGGUGGGACUUAAGUUUAAAAAGUAUAUUUUUGCGAAAGAUGAAAUGAACAAUAAAGUAGUUCAGUAG